AUGGCCUGGCAGAUGAUGCAGCUGCUGCUUCUGGCUUUGGUGACCACUGUGGGGAGUGCCCAGCCCAGGAGUGCGCAGGCCAGGACGGACCUGCUCAACGUCUGCAUGAACGCCAAGCAGCACAAGGCACAGCCCAGUCCCGAGGACGAGCUGCAUGGCCAGUGCAGUCCCUAGAAGAAGAAUGCCUGCUGCACGGCCAACACCAGCCAGGAGCUGCACAAGGACACCUCCCGCCUCUACAACUUUAACUGGGACCACUGUGGUAAGAUGGAGCCUGCCUGCAAGCGUCACUUUAUCCAGGACACCUGUCUCUAUGAGUGCUCACCCAACCUGGGGCCCUGGAUCUGGCAGGUCAACCAGAGCUGGCGCAAAGAGCGCAUCCUGAAUGUGCCCCUGUGCAAAGAGGACUGUGAGCGAUGGUGGGAGGACUGUCGCACCUCCUACACCUGCAAAAGCAACUGGCACAAAGGCUGGAAUUGGACCUCAGGGAUUAAUGAGUGUCCGGCCCGGGCCCUCUGCCGCACCUUUGAGUCCUACUUCCCCACUCCAGCCGCCCUUUGUGAAGGCCUCUGGAGCCACUCCUUCAAGGUCAGUAACUACAGUGGAGGGAGCGGCCGCUGCAUCCAGAUGUGGUUUGGCUCAACCCAGGGCAACGCCAAUGAGGAGGUGGCCAAGUUCUAUGCUGCGACCAUGAAUGCUGGGGCCCCGUCCCAUGGGAUUAUUGGUUCCUGAUCCAAGAAGGGUCCUCUGGGGUUC